AUGGAUGAGGUGAAAAAUAGCAAACUGCACAUGGAGGGCUUCCACAGCCUGAGGAAGGGUGAGGCUGUUCAUUUCACGUACAAGAAGUCGCCCAAAGGCCUGGAGUCUCUGCGGGUGACGGGGCCUGGGGGAGGCCCCUGCGUGGGCAGUGAGAGGAGGACCAAAAGUGUCCAAAAACGUCACUCUAAAGGAGACAGAUGUUACAACUGUGGAGGACCAGACCACCAUGCCAAGGAGUGCGAUCUGCCCCCUCAGCCCAAGAAGUGCCACUUCUGCCAGAGUAUUGCCCACAUGGUGGCCAACUGUCCAAUCAAAGCACAGCAGUCAUCACCCAACUCUCAGGGAAAGCCUGGCUCCUUAGAAGGAAAACAGGAACAGAGCCAGAUACCUUUACCCUCAGAAAGCUCUGAAUGA